GUUUUCAAUUAUCCAAGAUGGCGCAGUUUUUGGGUAGAGUAAUUGGUACCAAAAUGGACAAAACAGCCAAAGUUUUAGUGACAAAAUUAAAGUUACACCCUUAUAUCAUGAAGGUAACGUAGAGCUUUAGUUUUUCAUAUAGGUUGAAGGGUUUAUAUAGCUGAUACAGUCUAUAUUACCAUUUAAGUGGCAAUGUGCUAUACAUGAUGCACCCUACUUUAUUAUUUCACUUUGUCUAACACAUAUAUUUUUUACUCGUCAAGGGGAGUGUACUGCCACUCAGUGGGUUAACUAGACAUGUGAGUUAUGUAAAAAUGUGAAUUGGUUGGCAAAAGACACAAACAUAUUUAAUUGGUAAAUUUAUCAUUCAUUAAUGUCUCAACUGAAUUACAGUAAUGUAUCCAUUUUAUUUUGUAGUAUUAUAACAACAGAAAAGUGUACUUUGCACAUGACGAAAAUAAUGAAUGUACGACAGGUGAUAUGGUUAUGAUUGAAGUCUGUCCAAAGAUGAGUAAAAAGAAAAGAUUUCGUAUCUCAGAAAUUUUAGAAAAAGGACCAAAAGUUGUGGACUCAGAAACUGGCAAAGUGUACUUGCAGGACAAUCGAGAAGACUAUGGAACAGAUAGAUAGCAAAGUGUUGACAAUAUUUUAAUAUAAAGCUAUAAAAUAAUAAUAAUUCCUGUUGCUUAUGGCAAGUGUGCAUGUAUCAAAUUUACUUGAUAUAAUAUUCAUUGUAAAGACUGUAAAAAUCAACUAAAUAUAAAACUUUAUUUCUUUUUCAUUUUUUAAAAAAAUAUAAAUUUAUGGCAUUUUUAAUGUCCGAAG